ACACAGCUCAGCAAGCGUUCCAUAACACAAUACGGUAUCGGUAUGUACCAUGUUAUGAAAGCGCAAGCAUGCAGCAGACGCCGCACUUUAAUUGACUUUAGGAGAUUUAACUGAAGAAAUCAAGUAUCAACAGGUAGUAACAGCCAUGUUCUUGUUUAAAGGUAAAGAAAGAGUGAUGAGAGAUAUUCUUUGAAGAAGUGACUUUGCCCUCAUUGACUUGCUUUCGCCUUUAAUUUCCGUUCCCGCCCGUUGAUCGAGCUGGCCUGCGCUUGGUCUUGGAGAGUCGAGGGAACAGCACCCAUCUUGUCCUGUCGCGAUCCCGAGGUUUCGGCGUGAUCGCAUACCACGGUACCUUGUGAUUCCCGCUGGGCGAUAUUGUGAUUGUUGGAAUCGGAAAGAGAAUGGUGUUCGAGGUGGUUCUAAAUCAUGUCUACAAAUUUCCGCUGGAUCUUGUGAUCCACACUCAUUUAACUAAGUAUCCAAACAAAAAGAUGGAUGUCCUGGAAGUAAGGCUAGAGGAAUAUCGUCAUGAUAGGAAGGAUGAUGUGGAGUACUGGAAGAGAGUGAUGGUAUGCAGGAAUAUUAUGCCAUCAAUCCUCAAAAGGAUACCGGUCUUCAAUAAAGAUGCGAUCCUCUUGGGCGAAGAAUGCUGGUUUGACCACAAGAAGGAGACGCUGACGAUAAAGAGCAGGAAUAUAACAUGGUAUGAAUACGCCCAGGCGUGGGAGGAGUCGGAAGUACAGAGGAGCAAGGAUUCAAGACAUUGGACAGUGAUGUCUCAGAGAGGAGGCGUUGACGUCAGGGUUUUUGGUGCCUUGGGUAAUUUGGUUGAACUCUUUCUACAAGGUGCGGCAAAGAGGAACGGAAUAAGGGCUAUCAAACACAUGGAGGACCUAAUGAUUGCAAGGAGCAGAAGUAAGGAUGCAGGAAAUAUGGCGGCAUCUUGAUUGCGUAACAGGAAACAGAAAGUGCAAUAGAAAAAUAACUUCCAUCUGCCAGCUCAGGAUCUUAAGGGUAUACAUUUUGUGUGAUGAAAUAUUUAUUGCAGUGCCAUGCAAUAAUACAUUAGAAAUAGGGAAUUCAUAAAUUUAAAUGUUGAAAUUAGCUCUUGUAUGAACGUGUUAGAAAAACUGCUGUACACGUAAAGUUCGAAAGGGCACCAUUAAACUUUAAUGGGGUUAAUAUUUAACAAAUUUCAUUCCCCUAGAUCGUGCAUUGAUAUGUGUGAUUCAUUUUGUAUUGUUAUUUUUUUGUUAUCUUUACUUUUUUAUGAGUUAGUAACUUUUUAUACUUUUUUAGUAAGAUCUUUUUAGUAAGUCACCCUUUUGUGGGAGAACCUGGAAACAGAAAAUUAGAACUAUAUACAAUGAAUAAGCAUGUUAAUUGCUAAGUUUUGCUACAUUGCUAUUGGAAAGAUAGCAAAUUACAAAGGUUCAUGAUUAAGCAUGAAAAUUACCAAAUUACACAAAUUUUGAGAUGGGUGAAAAAAUGAACUUCGGAUAUCGCCCAGUAUCGUAAAAUGAGAACAGCUGUGUUUUUUUUAUAAGGUUUUCCAAUGGGCUCAUAUUCUUUCUUCCGUGACAUGUUUAUGUAGGUUAUAAUUAGAAGAAACAUUCAUAAGCGUGAUAUACAUGUACUGUACAGGACUUGACCAUUUUUUAAGUUGUGAAUGAUUUUAUUAAUUAAUUAAUUUUAUUUGAGUUGUGGCCUAGUGGAUUAGUCUUGAGACUUUCAAACAGAGGGUCUUAGGGUUCGAAUCCCAGCCAUGGCAUGCUUUCCUUCAGCAAGAAAUUUACCCACUCCAUGCUGCACUCAUUCCAGGUGAGGUAUAAAAUGGGUACUGGCCGGAAGUAAUUCCUUAAAAAGCUGUGGGCACCGGAAUCGGUAGAAGAGCUUGGUCAGGGUAAUUUUGGAGUGCCUUCAGCAACUUACAAGGUAGAUACGUGCGCUAUAAAAUUCCUACAUUAAUAUCUUUUUAAUGUAUGUAAUAAUUAGAAGAGACAUAAGGGCGAUAUACUGUACAUGCCUCAACUAUUUUUAAGAUUGUGAAUGAUUUUUUAAUUUUAUUUGUGAUAUUGUAAUCAUGAACGUCCAUUUUGUACAAAGUUAUGUUUUUAAAGACUGUAUCUAUAUAUCAUUUAUUUGAAAGUUAAAUUCAUUUUCUAAAAAAAAUGAAAGAGUAUAUGUAUGUGUAAAAGGUGUUCUAAAAGAUUCUGACAUUUAUGGGUAAGCAAUAAUGCACUCUACUUUAAGGCUAAAUCACAUUUUACUAUUAAAAUUAUACUACUUGUUUAAUAGAAUUCUUUGCUAUGCUACAUUGUUGAUGUAAUUCAGAGCCUGUCGUACAAAGAUUUACCAUUGAUCCGAUCAACCACAACUAUGGAAAGCCAAGCAAUGCCACCAUUUAAACUGCAUUUUUGUUCAAAAUGUUUUCUAGAUGUGAUGUAUACUCAUACAUCCUUCGUUUUCUUAAAAAUUCAGUGUGUUCCAUUUUGUUUAGCAGAGGACAUUGUGCAAAUUUCCUGUUAGAAAAAUUAUGAAAAUGAUGGAUUUCCAUAUUGUUUAGGUUGGUCGGAUCAAUCGUAACUCUUUGUAAUCGUAACUCUUUGUAAGACGGGGGCCCUGGAAUAGUAACAGACUGAGCUGCACCUUACUUUUUUCUCUCAAUAUAUGCAUGCUUUUUCCAUGAAUUAGUUAAAAUGAAAACUCAACCAUCUUUGGUAUGCUAUUCCAUUCUUUUAGUUUGUUAGUAAGCACAAAAUUUAACACUUUGUCAGCUUUUAUUUUAGUAUAGUCACUUAAAAGUUUGUGAUUUUUAUAUUAUGUUUAAUAAUUGAUAUGCAUAUAGAUUUUUCAUAUAAUUUGAGGUGCAGCAAGGUCUUUAUUGGCAUUUUGUUUGAAUUUCUAUGCAUGCUUUUCAAACAUUGGUAGUUCUUUUCAUCUUGGAAGCCUGCCAGAGGCUUGCCAGACAUAGCAAGAGGAAAUGUAUGUAAACUGCAUUCCAAAUAUUGUGGUUAAAAGAUUGGACUAAAGACUUACAGAAAUACCUCAUUCUUACUGUAUAAAUUUGAAUCACUUAAUAGACGUAAUAUGUUUACCUAAAAAAAAAUCACAAGUCAUUCCUACAUUAUGUGUGUGAUAAAUGUUUGUUUUCAAUAAUACAGAUUUGCCUUGUUUUUAUGAAUAUUAUGCAAGAGUUGUCUAUAUUGAGUCAACAGAAAUGUAUUUGACCAUAUUAUGUUUUUCACUGUCUGGUUUGAAAAAAAAAAAUUGUUGCAACUAGGAUCAUUGUUUGACAUAGAUUGACUUUAUAUUUGUACCCGUUCCUUUUUCCAGGUUUUUUUCCAUUCUCCAGUUGAGAGUUAAUAAGUGGACCUUUCUUAUAUGUCAAGUAACAUUUUUAAGCCCUUUUCUAAUACCUUCGAGCAGUCAAACGGGUGUUUCAUGAAAGCUUCCUGCACUAAUUAAAUUCUCAUCUCUGAAACUUUUGAUGAAAUACUUGGAUUUGAUUGGCCGAUGGGCACUGGUCUCCGCAGAGGACAGCUUGUCAGUGCUGACGAGCUUUGUGAAAAUGGUGCCCAUGGUCCUAUCUUACAAACAGUACAAAGAGUUGUGAUAGAGCCAAUCAACGUCAAUAGUCAACUGUAUGGAUAUCCAUCAAUGUCAAAGGCCCGAAUUCACAAAGGUGGUUUUUUUAAACCAUCAGUUAAACCCAUGGUUUUAUGCAGAUUUCCUGUAAAAAUUACGCUUAUUUACCGCUCAUAUUGAAAAAUGUCCAAUGAUGAUGUGCGCUUUUGUCACAAUGCGCCAAUAUGACGCCUAUUGCCAUGGUUAAGUACGCUUUUUUAUUAAUGAGUCCACUGUUUGGAAUGAAUGAGUCCACUCUUUAAACAGUGGACUCAUCAAUAAAAGAGCGUAUCUAACCAUGGUAACAGGUGUAAAUUUGGCGGAUCAGCAGUGGACAUUUCUUUAUACAAGUGCCCGAUACGCGAUAAAUUAAGCGUCAUUUAUACAGGAAAUCUGCAUAAAACAUGGAUUUAACCGUGGGUUUUCAAAAUCACCUUUGUGAAUUCGGGCCAAAAUGUUUGCUCCAGGAAAUUUACACAAUAUCUUUUUGUACACUGAAUCGUCAAGACAACAAUUAAUUUAAAUGAUGAAUAUAGAUAUCUCAGAAACAUUUUGAAGGAACAUGCAUUUUACAAUGUAGAUGUUGGCGUUGCUGGCUUUCCUUAGUUGUGGUUGACCAGAUCAAUCGCAAAUCUUUGCAAGACAGGCUCAGAUUAUUAAAUUGUGUGCUAUUGUUAUUCAUCCAGAAUAAGACGGUAUAAUACAGACUUUAAUUUUUUCAUUUUAAUGAUAAUGAUGUGUCUGAAAUAUUUUUUUUAUUUUUCAUAAUCAAUUUUUUUAAUGAUCUGUCCAUAACUAAUGAUGACAUACACUUUUUCUGUAAACUUUCAUCAUGGUUCUUGCAAGAUGCUAGAAUAGGCCCCCCAUCUUGCAAAAAGUUGCGAUUGAUCUGUCCAACCACAACUUUGGAAAGCCAGCAACGUCAACAUCUAAAAUGCAUGUUUGUUGAGAAUAUUUUCUAGAUAUGCUGUAUAUUUAUACAUACGUUGUUUUCUUUAAAAUUUAGUGUGCUUCCCCCUUUUUUAAUAGAAAUUACAUUAUGCCAUUGAUGGAUUUCCAUACAGUUCAGAUCAGGGUCCUGGGAACAAGUUUUGACUGGGGGUGCUGAUGUAAAUUUGAAAAGCAAAGAAAAAAAAAAAAAACGGUUUCACUACAAAAUGAAGGUCAUUUUGGUUACAUUUUUCUAUUAUUACACAUUUUCUAGAAUACUUAGGGGUGCUGCCUAUGGAGAAUAAUAAAUGCAGCACCCCCAAGGAAAUUUUGGGGGUGCUUCAGCAGGGCCAAGUUUCAGGUUGAUUGGAUCAAUUUUAACUCUUUGUAAGAUGGGGUUCUUAAAAGUCACAGCAACUUGUGGCAAAUCACUCGGGCUUUGUGAAGUGCCACACACUGCAUGCAAGCCAUUGUGAAAAAAGGAGAAUUGAAUAAAUAGUGGUUAAUUUGGAGGCCCUAUUUUUUUUAAUAUACAGGCCUCAAACCAGAAGGCUUCAGGGUGUAGUACAAAUUUUUUAUACAAAAAUAUGGCACCUCAACAUAAUGUAAUUGAGAUCCCCUGUGCUAGAAUGAGGAUAUGAAGUAAAAAGUAUUGGCAAUAAUUUGACCAUCGGAUGAUUAUGUGAAUAUUUAUAUGUACAUGUAGCUCAUUGCAAUCCAUUCUUACACAAAUUACCGGGUAUUGGACCUUUAAUAAAAAGAAAUGUGUGUGACUGUAA